UUCUUCAGGUCUGGGAAAAGUACAUGCUGAAAGCUCAAAAGCUUGUCUCUCACCCCGGGAAGCUGGUCCAAUAAAAGAUAUUCCCUCACUUACCGUGAGAAAUAAGUGACACUUUUGCACUUCUAUAAUCCAAAGACUGAAAGCACGUCACAAAUUUAAUUGUACCUCAUAAUAUAAUGCCCCAUGAAGUUAAGUAUUACCAGCCACAUUAUAUAAAUGGGGAUAACGGGGCACAGACUGCUGCUGUUCUACCCACUAAGUAACAUGGUCUUGUCAGAAAACAUGUGAGGAGAAAGAAUAAAAUAUCAGAAUUAUGCACUGUGAACACUUUAUAAAAAACAACUCUAAAACAAGCCAAUGCCAUGGAUGUCAGGUAGCUACUUGAGAGCUAUUCUCCGUUUGUGUCACUAGCCCCCUCGUCGUGGUAUUGAAGUGUAGCUAGGGCUAGCAACGCAACAUCUUGACGUUGCACAUUUUCUUUGUCUUCCAUAUCAACUAUGUUCAGUUUUCAAGUCUAAAUAUGAGCUUCAAACUGGCAUCCAAAACAAGCUGCAUUCUGGUUCAGUCAUUAUCACUGUCAGUGAAGAUUCAAGAACCGGAAUUUAGCUGACAAUUCUGUUUUUGAUACCUAAGCCAUAGAUACCUCAACUAAAAGAUAAUACAGGUAGGUCUUCCAUGGCUAUAUUGGCUCAGCAGUGGUAUCAAACAGUACUCUUGCCUUGGUCAUUGUAGGAAACAGAUACAACGAAGGAAACAGAGCAGAUAUGGAGUUUAAAAGGGCCAUUUCCAUUGUCCCUUUUCUGACUGAUUAACCAUUACUUCGUUCAUGUUUGUUUUUCACAUGUUAUGUGUCAUGUUGUUACAGUGAAACGCUUAUGGAAUUACACGUUUCAUCCACAUGCAACUGAAUAUAAUUCAUUCGGAACCAUUAUAAUGCAAACUAAACAAAAGGUUGUUAUUGUUGCUUUCCUGCACAGCAACUAUGAGUUUUGGAACCAUGGAUGUGUAUUUGAAUGAGAUAGAAAACAAUCUGCAGAGUAUUUUGUACAACAAAGAGGAGGACCAGGAGAAUGAAACCUGGAAGAUGUACAUGGAGAGGAAGAACAUUGUGCUGGAGUUCCUGCACUCUGACUUGAGUCUCCACCUGCUGAAACGCCACCAUAAGCGAAUUGAGCUUCUGAAAAAAUGCUCUUAUUACAUUGACAUUCUGCCCAAGCAUUUGGCACUGGGAGACCAGAACCACCUCAUGCUGCCCACCACUAUGUUCCAGCUGGUUGACCCCUGGAGAUUCCAGAGGAUGAAGAAGUUGGGAACAGUCCAAACCAAAAUCCAGCUGUUGCUCUUAACUGACCUGUUAGAACAACUGGAACAGGGGCGGGAGGAGCUGGUCCACUUCCUGGAGACCUAUGACAUGGUAACAUUCCUCGCCAGGUGGGACUUGGUCAAGCAAAAGCUGUCAAAUCUGUCUGAGCUGAUGGAUAAUUUCCUUGCCAUGCUAGUGCCAGGAAGGCUGUAUGUCAAGCAUCGUCUGGUGUCGGAUGUUGGGGCUACCAAAAUCCCACACAUUAGGCUUGUUCUGAGUACCAAGAUGCCAGUGAUGUUUGAUCGAAAGGAAUCAGUGGCCCAUGAGGACUGGGUGAGCCUCAAGUGGUUCAUCACAAGUCAACAGUCACAGCCUGAACAGUAUGAACUCAGGUUUAAGCUACUGGAGCCCCGAACCCAGCAAGAGAGGAUCCAGUGUGGAAUAAUGCCGGUCACGUCCAACAUGUGUGAAAUCCGGAACCUGCUGUCCGACAGAUCAUACAGAUUCACAGUUAAACGGGCGGAGACUUACACACUCGUCUAUGAACAGUGGCGCGAUACCAUCACAUUGGAGACAAAACCUUAUCCUGAUGAAGGCAUGGAGAGCACCAUGUGCGAACCCUGACGGAUGAAGCAGCAGCAGAGAAUUUUCUAAUUUUGUCAAUUCAAAGAAGUUGAAGAAGUAAAAUUUAAAAUGUAUUUUUAAAGGUUUUUGCAUAAAAAUUGAGCUGUUGUGUCUUCAAUUGUAAUUUUACAAAGUGCCUCAUAUACAUCUUUAUGGGCUGAAAACAACACAGUUU